AUGUUUCAGUUGGCCCAAUCUUCCACCAACUUUACCGACCAAUCAGCUCUCAUUGCCAUCAAUUCUAAAAUAACUUCCAGUCCAAACCAAACUAUCUUGGCUGCUAACUGGUCCACAACUACAAACUUUUGCAGUUGGAUUGGAAUCUCAUGUAGCCGACGCAGGCAACGAGUCACUGCUUUGAACCUUCUCCACAUGGGGCUCCGGGGCACCAUUUCUCCUCAUAUCGGUAACCUCUCUUUCUUGACUUAUCUUAAUCUAUGCAACAAUAGCUUCUUUGGCUCUCUGCCCCAUGAGCUCAGUCGCCUACAUCGUUUGAGGAGACUCCUACUGUCAUACAACCUAUUGGAGGGUAGUAUCCCUCCAACUUUGCAUAAUUGUCGGCAUCUUCGAGUUAUGCGUCUAGAGGGUAACAAUCUUACGGGUACAAUUCCAUCGUCCCUCGGCAAUAUUUCAUCAUUAGAGUACUUGAAUUUGGAAGAGAACAUUCUCACUGGUCCAUUUCCUUUUGUCAUCUUUAGCAUAUCCUCUUUAACCAUGAUUGCUCUUACUUAUAAUCAAAUCUCAGGAACUAUUCCAAUGGAUCUUUGCAGCCAUUGUCCUAAUCUUCAAGGGCUUUAUCUUUCCUUCAACGAGUUCAACGGUCGGCUCCCUUCGCACAUGAAUUAUUGUAGAGAGCUUGUUGUCUUAUCCCUAUCAUACAAUAAAUUUGAGGGGAGUAUUCCAGAUGGUUUUGGGAGUUUGGAGAAGCUUGAAUCGCUAGCUCUUGGAGCUAACAACUUAAUCGGUCAUAUACCUCCUACCAUAAGUAACUUGUCGAGGCUACAUCUGUUCGACAUUACAUUUAACAAUAUUAGAGGAAGCAUUCCCAGUGAUUUAUCGCGUCUUCUAAACGUGGAAGAUUUGCAAUUUGGAUUCAAUAAUCUCACAGAGGCAAUCCCUCAAAACAUCUUCAACAUGUCUUCUCUAAAAGAUUUCGGCUUACAGUUUAAUUCCCUAUCUGGCAAUCUUCCAUCAGAUGCUGGGUUUUCCUGCCUUAAUCUUGAAACUUUGCUAUUUGGCAAAAACAAAUUUAGUGGCCCCAUUCCAUCGUAUCUUUCAAAUUGUUCCAAGCUGACCCAAGUAGAUUUUGCUUCAAACAUACUCUCUGGACCAAUACCAAAAAGUCUUGGACACUUAAAAUACCUCCAACGACUUUAUCUGAGUGGCAAUCAGCUAACAGGAGAGCCUAAAAAUCUAGAGUUUAAUUUCCUUUCAUCCUUAUCAAAUUGCAGAUUUUUGGAACAACUGGAGAUAUCCGACAAUCCCUUGGAUAUUACUCUUCCGGAUUCUAUUGGCAACUUUUCAACGACCCUUAACUACAUUGGUCUAUCCCAAAACAAAAUAAAGGGUCAUAUUCCUAUGAGUAUAGGUUCCUUAAAAAGCUUGACCUUUCUUGAUCUGGGCACUAACAAUUUGAUUGGAAACAUACCAUCCACAAUUGGGGAAUUAGAGGGGUUACAAAGAUUAUAUUUUGGUGAUAAUAAAAUUGAAGGAUUCAUUCCAAAAAACAUAUGUCUACUGAAGAAUUUAGGCGAGUUAAAUCUCUCAUAUAACAAAAUCUCUGGAUCCAUCCCAAAUUGCAUUUCAAACCUCAGUCUUCUGCAAAAGCUAUACCUGAGUUCUAAUAGGCUGGAAUCACCAAUACCAUUAAAUAUAUGGAGCCUUGAGAAUCUAUUGUUUUUAGACCUAUCAUCGAAUUUUCUUGGUGGAUAUUUGUCACCAAACAUGAAAAAAUUGGAUGCGAUUGAACGAAUGGAUUUAUCUCGGAACCAAAUUACUGGAAAUAUUCCGAAAAUCAUUGGAGCUUUUGAAAGCCUAAGUUAUCUUGAUUUGUCAAGGAACUCAUUUCAAGGAGACAGUCCACAAUCGUUUGGAGGCUUGAAAGGAUUAGAUGUAUUAAAUCUCUCAUAUAAUAAUAUCUCUGGUGUAAUUCCUAAAUCCCUUGAAACACUUUCAUAUCUCAAGUAUUUGAAUGUGUCUUUCAACAAGCUAUCAGGAGAAAUACUAUCUAGUGGGCCUUUUGCAAACUUCACAGCUAAAUCGUUUUUAGGAAACAAAGCGCUUUGUGGGAAUCCAAUUUUUGAAGUCCCACCAUGUCCAAAACCAAGCUCAAAAGGAUUAGAGGUGAAACAAAGUCUGCUCAAAUAUUUUCUUCCUGCCAUUGCUUCAGUUGUAAUAUGUCUAACAUUGGUCUAUAUGUUGAGAAGACAUCGAGAAGGUAAAUUACAGGUUCCAAGUUUAUUUAAUACACUACCUGUAUUGAAGCAUAGAAUGAUAUCAUAUCAAGAGCUUUGCCAAGGGACAAACAAUUUUUGUGAAAGCAACUUGCUUGGAGCUGGAGGUUUUGGUUCUGUGUACAAAGGGGUGCUGCUUGACGGGACAAUAGUUGCUAUUAAAGUUCUAAAUUUGCAAUUUGUUGGUGCUUUCAAAAGUUUUGAUGCAGAAUGCAAGGUUUUGCGAACAAUCCGACAUAGGAAUCUUCUUAAAGUAAUAAGUACAAGCUCCAACCCCGAGUUCAGAGCUUUAGUACUGCAAUACAUGUUGAACGGCAACCUUGAAAGGUGGUUAUACUCUUAUAAUUACUGCUUAAAUCUUCUUCAAAGAGUAAACAUUAUGGUUGAUGUUGCAUCGGCAUUGGACUAUCUCCACCACGGCUUAUCAGAAUCUGUGGUGCACUGUGAUUUGAAGCCUACUAAUAUCCUUUUAGAUGAGGACAUGGUUGCACACUUGGGUGACUUUGGCAUUGCAAAGAUUUUAGUUGAAAACAAGGAUGCUACACAAACCAAAACUCUUGGUACACUUGGUUACAUCGCACCAGAUGUUUUGCACAAUUGCGAGCAUCGGAUAGAAUAUGGUUUUGAAGGAAAAGUGUCCAUCAAAGGCGACGUUUAUAGCUACAGUAUAAUAUUGUUGGAGAUGAUCACAAGGAAGAAACCUACUGACGACAUGUUUGUAGGAGAAUUGACCUUGAGGCAAUGGAUAAAUGCAUCAUUUCCUGAUAGAAUGAUUGAAGUUGUGGAUGACGGUUUAUUGAGAACAGAAAAUGGAAGAGAUGUAACUGUCAUGCAAAGUGUUCUUUCAUCCAUCAUGGAACUAGGCUUAAAGUGUUCUAAAGAGUUACCAAAUGAAAGAAUCGAUAUCAAAGAUGUGCUUGUGAAGCUUAAAAAAAUCAAAGUAACACUUUUUGAGAGCAGAAACAGGGAUGUCUGA